AAUUCCCGCGGCCCCCUGCGCUCAUUCUUUUAGUUGCGCAGGCAGGCCAUUGAUACUCCCAAUUAAUCACACUUUUAAUUCGACUAUUCAAAAUCUCCCAGCCCGCCCAACUAAUUUUUUCAUUCGAUCUUAAAUACCAGCACUACAUUAAUCUCUCGCUCACUCAUUUCUUGUAUCAACCAAAGCAAUGUCGUCGUCGUUGUCGUUGUCGUCGUAUUCUUCAUUGUUUGGCUACGAUACCCUAAACCCUUCGGUAUCUAACUACAGCCGCAAAGAUAAAUCUCUCGCUCUCCUCUGCUCCAAUUUUUUGAAGUUGUAUAAUCGGGACGAUGUCGAAUGCGUUGGAGUGGAUGCUGCUGCCGCUCAAUUAGGAGUUGAGAGACGGAGAAUUUAUGAUAUUGUUAACAUCAUGGAAAGUAUCGGGGUGUUGGUGAGGAAAGCAAAGAAUCAGUACUGUUGGAAAGGUUUCGAUGCCAUUCCUCAGGCUCUACAUGACCUUCAGAUUUCAAAUGAGAAGGAGACUGAGCGGUCUCCCAGCGAUAGCAACAAGGAGGAGAAGUCUGUUUCAUGUCCUAAAACUGAAAGCCGUAAGGAAAAAUCUCUGGCACUGCUUGCUAAGAAUUUUGUCAAGCUUUUUCUUCGUUCUGGUGCGGAUAUUAUUUCCCUAGACAGCGCUGCAACAGCAUUGCCAGGUGAUGUGCAUGAUACAACAGCUAUGCGAACUAAAGCGAGGCGGCUGUAUGAUAUUGCCAAUGUCUUUGCAUCUAUGAAUCUUAUCGAAAAGGUCCGACAUCCAGAGAGUGGGAAACCAGCAUUUAGGUGGUUGGGGAUGAAACAGAAAUCCAGUAAUGCACUUGAGGCUGGUUCUGGCUUGAAUGACACCAGGAUGAGGGUGUUUGGAACUGAGAUAACAAAUACUGCUUCAAAGAGAUUUGCAGAGUCCAUAUCCAACUGCCAAUCUAGUGGGAAGCAAAUUAAUGUGGAAAUGGGAAAUGAUGAGAACUUAUUGAAGCAGCACCAGCUGCAUCAGUCUAAGGAUCCAGAAAGUGGGGAACCAGCAUUUAGGCAGUUGGUCCAGAACUCCAGAAGUGCACUUGAGACUGGUUUUGGUUCAAAUGACAACAAGCGGAGAACAUUUGGAACUGAAAUCACGAAUACUGCUUCAAAGAGAUUCAAGGACAAUUCCUUAUCUAACUGCAGGUCUAGUGAGAAGGUAAGUGUGCCAACAUAUGCCAAGCAACAUAAUGUGAAAACUGAAAAUGAUGAGAACUCAAUGAAGCAACACCAGAGGCAUCAGUCCAAGGGUUUCGUGUUUGGUCCUUUUUCUCCUGCAAGUAUACGCGACCUAGAUGCUCUUGAAAACAAUAAAGUUGGGCGGAUUCAGGACUGGGAGCAAUUGGCUUCUACUUAUUUUCCUCGGUAUCAAAACCAAGGUACCUUUUGAAAACAUGUGCUGUAAGUGAUCUUAUUACUCAUUAUGCCGAUGCUUGGAAGUCAUGGCUUGUUGAAGUUGACGAGAAGAAGCCAACUCAAACAGCAUCUUGAUGCAACUCUAUUCUCAUGACUCAGCUCUUUCACUAGUUCAACAGGAUGAUUCUGCACUCUCAUUCCAGCUGUUCAUGCAUAUUAAAGUAUUUUCUUUAUACCCCAACUGAUAUUGUAGUGUGCAUAGUUGCUUCAAUCUUUAACAUCAAAGUACUGAUGUCUUAAGUUAUUUGUUUUCUUGCCCAAUUGCUAGGUUUAGAGAUUUAGAAUCCAGAUAUUGACUACAUUGUUUGGUACUUAAAAGAGUUUUGAAA